AUGGAAUGCCCACCGACAAUCACCCAGGAGCCGACCGGUUACACGAUACUCCACAAGCCACAAUGGUUGGUGACCAUAUGGAUGGGGUGCCAUUGUGACCUCUACAGGCUUCAGCUGAUAUGCCCGGGUUUCGCUUCGGUUGACCCACGGACCAACCCGGCAAUAAUCCAAAUGUAUGAGCCCGAUCACUGCCUCAUAAACCAGGGGAACUAUAUGUACGGCUACGAGGCAUACAGGUUCACCUAUGCUUGGGACAAAGUCAACUUCAACAUCAAGAGGUACCUGGUCAACUGUACCUGGUACGGACCAAGCCGUAAUCCGAAUGUAUGA